AUGAUGCCCAGCAUGAUGGACGUCCUCCCAAACGGGGAGGAGACAGGGGACUUCUUUGCUGUGGACAUUGGUGGCACAAACUUCCGCGUGAUACUUGUGAGCCUGUCUGAAAAAAGGGGAGAAGUGGCGCGGUUUGAGAUGGAGGAGUUUGCCAUUCCAGAGGAAUACUUCAGCUGCCAUGCAGACCGGCUGUUCGACCUGCUUGCGGACUCGCUCGUGACAUUUGCCAAGCGCUAUGGCUUCAGCGGGAACCGGACGGCUCCGGUCGGCUUCUGCUUCAGCUUCCCCGUGGAUCAGACGGCUGUAGAUGCGGGGACCAUGAUCAAGCUGACCAAGAAGUUUGACAACGAGGGCUUCGUGGGCUCUGACCCUGUGCAGAUGCUGCAGCGGGCCAUCCUGCGCUUCAAAGCCCCUUUCAAGGUGGUGGCGCUUCUGAAUGACUCAGUGGGCACGCUGGCGGGGGCCUGCUAUGAGGACCCCAACGCCAAAGUGGGCGUCAUCUUGGGCACGGGCACAAAUGCCUGCUACGUGGAACAGGUUGCGAAUAUUGCCACUCUGGCCAAGGGCUCCACGAAGCGGCAGACCAUGGUCGUCAACACCGAGUGGGGCAACUUCACCGCCGCCUCGCUGCCCAUCACAGAGGUGGACAGGGAGAUGGAUGAGACCACCCCCAACGCUGGGGAGUACCACUUUGAGAAGAUGGUGUCGGGGAUGUACAUGGGGGAGGUGGCACGGCGCAUCAUCCUGCGACUAGCGGAGGAGGCACAGCUGUUUGGGCCGUCGGUGCCGGACGAGCUGCGGGUUGAGUGGGCGCUGAGCACGCCCGCCAUGUCCAAGAUCGUGGAGGACGGGUCGUGGACGCUCUCGCGCACUGCGCAGAUCCUGGCCGAGACGCUGCACCUGCCGCCCUCGCGCUGCACCUACUCAGCCUGCUCCACAGUGAAGGCGGUGUGCCUGAUGGUGUCGCGGCGCAGCGCUGCGCUCGUGGCCGCCUGCCUGGCCGGCCUUCUGUGCCACAUCGGACGCGACGGCAGCAACGGAGCCAUGCAGGAGACGACGGUGGCAAUCGACGGCGGGCUGUUUGAGCAUUUUGAUGCUUACCGAGAAUUCCUGAGCGAGUACAUGGAGCAGAUGCUGGGGCCGGAGGUGGCGGCCAAAGUGCAGCUAAAGCGCAUUCGCGACGCCUCGUCAAUGGGAUCUGCUUACCUGGCUGCCGCCGUCACUGCUUCUUCAGAGUGA